CAAAGGUAUACGUAAUACAUGCGUUUGAAGAAAGUGUGAUCUGCCAAAAAUGGCGAACAAAAUGCAUUUUACAUCAGCGCUGCUUGUGCUGGCUCUUGUCAGAUAUGCCGACGGGGCCAACUGUGUGAAAAACAAUGCAUGUUCGUGUACCUACGACGACGGAUCAGGGACAGUAGAUUUUCAAAACUUGGCCGGGACCAGUGGACCUAGAUUGCUCGACCAAUAUGAUAAGAAUAGGCAGUAUAAGUAUUCGUACAACCCAUGCAACCCAUUUACCGAACAGACUUGCAAUAAUGUUGCGGUCUGCGAGUCCACGGUGGACGCCUCGGGCAGUACCUCGUUCACCACCCCUGCAGGCACGCAGGAUAGCGCAACUUUCACCACAACAGGGGGACAACUCAAGAUUGUUUAUAAGACCAGACCAACAGAGUUUAAUUAUCAAACAACUGUCACAUUGAAAUGUGAUGCAUCACUUACAGGAAGUCCCAAGUUUGACAUAGCGGGCGCAGUGACAUUUAACACUGUUGAAAUGACUAUGACGCAUGCAUCUUUAUGCGCAAUCGUUGAAGGCGGAGGAGGAGGCCUGAGUAUAGGCUCGAUACUUAUCAUAAUAUUUUUCGUCGGAAUUAUAGUCUAUGUCGCCGCAGGGAUUGUUUUCAUGGUAUUCGUCAAGAAAGAAUCGGGGCCCAAAAUUGUUCCGAAUGUUAAUUUUUGGACGGCAUUGCCUGGUUACGUAAAGGACGGAGUUUUGUUUGUGUACAAUUCAGUAAGAGGAAAUCGUGGCGAGUAUACGCAAUUCGGAGAAAAAUAAUAUUGAGCCCGGAGAGAGGCAGCCGUGGUCACUACAAUUCGGUAAAAGAAUAACAGACUGACGCAACGUCUUUUGGAUGCCAUCACAAAGAACAUUUGUACCAGUUUACGAAUACAUGCUCGCAUAUUUGAUCUGGAGCGCGCCAAUUACAGCAAGGAUUCAUCCACCCCUCGGUUUCAUCUUCAUACAACAUUAUAAUGUAGUUCUAUCAAUUUUCUUGGUCAUUCGGCACCAUUAAAAACAAACCGACGGUCGCACUGCACGUUUAGCGUUAAAUGUCACAUAUAUUUUAAGAAUAGGGCGUUAUCCACCAAAAUGUUCAUCCACUUCUCAGUAGACCGUCGACAGUCUCACUUGCGCAAUCCUAUUCCACCCUUAAUCUGGGACUGCGUUUGUUUUGUUUCACCAUGGCAACCGAGGCAACAAAGGGCGGAUAUCGUCUGCUUCGUGAAUCAUUUCGAAGCCACCCUUCAGGCGACAUUAGUUCCACGAAUUGUUCGGAGGUGCCACUGGAGUAUUUUCCAGCUUCUGCUGACGGGCGAAGCUGGAAUAUAUUUCAGUGGCACCACUAACCAAUGUUACCCUAACUUAUGCAAUCCAUGAAAGAUGAAGUCAUACGAAGUACGAAUGUCUAUUGUAUCACCAAGUAGGUUUCUGUGCCAGUUUAUUAACGCGACAGUAAGUAGUACACGUGAACCAUCGUUGACACUUUAAGUAUCAACGAUCAACAGCAACAACAUUACAACAAACGCCGUGAAAUCUAUUCCAGAUGAAGGAGACACCUCUCGUCGUGUAACAAAAUCUCUUUAUGAAAUGAUUUUUCUAUCAUAGAAAGUUCAAUAAGUUGCCAGUUGCCUGGAUCUCGGCUGUAGGUGACACAAUGUGACAUUGCAAAAAUAAAAGAAUGCAAAAUUGCUUUGCUCUUUUCAGUUUCAAAGUAUGAGCAAUAAUUGUGCAAUCCAAUUUUGAUAGUCACGGUAACGUACCAGAUAUUUCACCAAAUUGAAAUCCCGUGCGAAUGAAUCAGCAAGUCCCAUAAUGAUACUGAUCCCUCAUGUGCCCAAGGGCUCGCGAGGGACACGUCACGUGCGGUCAUCCAGGGUUCAAAGGUCAGGCAAGGAUUCGCUGGAAACCCUGUCAGGAUAACUGGCACCGUGCCAAGAGAAGGUGAUACUCACAUUUGGUGAUUACUCAGAAUCUACCACAUUCGUAGAUCAAUUGACAUAUCUUUCUUUUGUGGCAUGUACAUUUAUCGAAUCGUCGAAAUGGAAGUUUGCGACAGCUGUUUAUUUUAUGCGAGAUCAUUGUAAUUCAUUUCGAAAAGAGAUGGAACUUUUACUUUUACACGUUGUUAAAAAUUUAACAAAUUAACAAAUCAAUAUUUAAAUCAUGUGCGUCUACAUUUCGCAAUUUCGUCAAAAGAGCCAUCGCGACCCUUAGAAGUCUUUCCGAAUCUCAAAAGCCUUUGGGGGUUCAUUUUUAUUUACAUUAUGUUCGUUCAAUCACCUUUUACAAAGAAUGGUCUAAAAACCGCGUAAUAGUAAACGGAAAACCGCUGCAGAAGAGUGUUGAAUCACCUAUAUAAACCUAGGAGACGAAACAUACUGCGCAUUUUCGUAGAAUGAACAAAAUUAUGAAAAAAGACUCAGAAGAUUACAGCUUGGCCAGGUCGCCAUGGAUACGACCACAUAACAGCCUGAGUAAACGAUGUUAGCUUGCAACCUCCAAGGACGUACGAAAAUACGUCUUCUUUUGGAGAGGGUGAGAAUGAUUUAAAAAACACUUUGUCGGAUACGCUGCACCUUUAGGCGGGCAUUUCGGGGGUAAAUUCAUUGGUCUAUCUGUGAAGUUGACUCUUAUCUCGGCUCGAAAUGAAUGUGUGUUGUCGAGGGAAAAGUGUGCAACCGGAUCAUUCCGCCGCCUGUCAGCUGAAACGCAAUUCGUGUUGUCGUCUGCGACGUCACAUGACGAUGAUUCGAAAUUUCAUGGAACCGAUGUAAACAAAGCUGGCCUUGACCCCGUCGGCAGACGCCGUUUCUGAAAAUAAAGGAACGAUCGAUACUCCUCAUCAAAGUAAACAAAUCGUUUGAGGUUGUGACUGCGACGUAAAUAUAUGGCUCCAAGGUCGUGAAGAAGCAAAAAUAGCAAUGACUGUUGAAAGUAUUGCGAGGCUAGGCUGGUGGGGCGAUUGAGGUUAUCUUGCCGUUUAUAUUUCAUUUGACGAAAUAUCAUGAUCAAGAAAGAAAAAAAAGAUGGUGGGUACGAGACACCCGGAUAAGGCAAGCAUUCGGCAUACUGGAGUUGACAGAAUAUCGAGACUCUCGGCUUUCCUUUAAGAAUAUAGUCUGAAGAAAGAUCAAAAUUCAAUCAAACAUUUCAGUGCAAUGUACAUGUAUAACUGACACGGAUUUCUACGCACGUAUAUUCGACGUCGUCCGUGGUAGGGACGACAAUCCGUUUAGUAGCAUAACUGCGUCACUGGUAUAUUUAUGUUUUCUUUUUAUUGAU